AAGCACCAGCGUCGGACUGAACUGUGGGAGGAGCAACAGAGCGAGGACCCUCUCUACCCCGAAAGCCACCCACGUCUCGAGCAUCGUGCCGAGCGCAUGUCGGUGCCAGACUUUCUCGAGGCCUUCCGUAACGAGCUGGAUGACACCAAGGACAUCAGCAUCUGUGGCCGAGUUCGAUCAAAGCGAGUGGUCGGGAAGAACCUCAUCUUCCUCGACAUCGUGAGUGAGUUUGAACGCCUGCAGGUCAUGAUCAACCGAUCAAAGUGUUUGUUGGACCAGGAGGAGAGGAGGGUCAAGUUCUCGCUUUUCAGAAAUUUGAUAGAAGUGGGCGACCACAUAUAUGCUUACAGUCUGGCAGCUGUCGUUGGCAUACCCACCCGUACUAAGGCUGGCGAGCUCACCAUCGAGGCCAAGGCUCUGCCUGAGUUGUUGUCUCCCACCAUGGAGCAGAUCCCUGAGAAGCUCACCGACCCCAAGACAAGGAUGCAAGAUCGUCAUGUUGAUAUGUUGGUCAACCGUCAGGCAAUUGAUGUGCUGCGACUCCGAGCAGAGAUCACCAAGCACAUGCGUGACCACCUCCACUCUAAGCGGUUCUUGGAGUUUCAGACUCCCAUCCUGGCUGAGAAUGCCGGUGGUGCUGUUGCCCGUCCAUUCGUCACCAGGGCUACCGAGUUCAAGGAAAGAGAUCUGGCCCUGCGCAUCGCUCCCGAGCUGUGGCUCAAGCGCCUGGUCAUUGGAGGCGUCGAUAGAGUCUUUGAGAUUGGACCUGCGUUCCGCAAUGAGGGAGUUGAUGCUACACACAACCCCGAGUUCACCAUGUGUGAGUUCUACAGCGCCUACAGCAACCUCGAGGACUUGAUCAACGAGACGGAAGAGAUCCUGUGUAGUCUGGCCCAACACUGCCAGGACCUCAUCUCUACAAAGCUCACAUCACUUCCUCCUAUCGACAUGAACCGAUUUAAACGACCCUUUAAGCGUGUUGAGUUUGUUCCUGCAUUGGAAGAAGCUCUUGGUCUCCGCCUGCCCAAGCUUUCCUCUAAGGAUGCCUUGCCAGAGAUGCUAGCGGUCCUGAAGCUUGCUGGUAUCGACGUCCCCGGUGAGGUGCCUAGCUCUUUGUCAAAGCUUCUUGACCGAUUAGCCGCCGAGUACUUGGAGCCAAUGUCGUUCACGGAGCCCAUUCUCAUCAUGAACCACCCGGCCUGCAUGUCACCCCUGGCAAAGAGCUUCCUCUGCCCAAACACAUUUCAACUAGUAUCUGCUCGCGCAGAGCUAUUCAUCGGCGGCCGUGAGCUUGCCAACAUGUACGAGGAGGAGAACGAUCCUGAAGCUCAGAAGCAGAAGCUGCUCGACCACCGAAACCUCGUCAACACAGCUGAUGGUGGCGUUGCCAUUGAGACGCCAGACACCCAAGAAGGUGAGAUGUCUGCUCUCGAGGCGCUAGAUGAACCUUUUGAGGACGAAGAUGGAGACGCCGCCCCCUUGGAUCAGAGCUUUGUGAAGGCUCUCGACUAUGGUCUACCACCAACUGGAGGCUGGGGAUGUGGCGUCGAGCGUAUGGUGAUGCUCUUCUCUGGUGCCAACCGUAUUAGCGACUGCCUGAGCUUUGGCACUUUGAGAAACGUGGUUGGACUCUCGGCCGCUGAAAAGGCUGCUGCCGCAAGCGAGGAGAAAACUGAAGAGGACUCGUAAGCCCUGAAGCCAUUGUAUCAUAUUUAGAGAUGUUUCAAGGGUCACGAUGUAUGAAUGACGGACUUUGUAUAGUAUUGUAGCCAUAGCUAGACCUUAGAAAAGGUGGUUGUAUAGAAACAACAUAGAUGUUAUCAUGAAGCGACGAUGGCUGAG